AUGCUGUGGUCUCGGAGUCACGAAUUUGCCCGUCACGAUGUUCUUCCUCAAGUCGUAGCGGGCCGGGAAUCGAAUAUUUGGUGGGUUUUCUUUCCUAUAUAUGACAAGGGGAUUCUAUUUCUCCGUUCCUAUUUAACAUCGCAGCUGAAUGUUUGUCCAAAAUGGUGCGUCAAGCACAGAAACAUGGACUGA